CCCGAGCAAUGAUGGCAUUGGAUACAGUCUGAAGGGCUUAACUGAGUUGGGAAUUUGCUGCGACCUCCAACAUGCCGUCCAAGCCUGCCCCGAUCAAGAAGGCGGCCAAGAAAGAACCAGCCAAAAAGGAGGAAAAAGCUCCAGAGCCAGCCCCUGAGCCCGCCCCGGAGCCCGCUCCUGCAGAGCCUGCACCGGCUGAAGCCGCUCCGGCUGAAGGAGCGCCUGCUGAAGGAGAAGCGCCUGCUGAGGGCGCUGCCCCUGCAGAGGGAGAGGCUCCUGCUGAGGCACCUGCACCAGAAGAGCCUAAACCACCCACUCCUCCACCUCCUCCACCCAAAGAGCCUACAAGCGCUCCUGUGGAUCUGUUUAUUGAAGACAAAAAUGACACUUCGGUGACCAUUAUUUGGAGCCAGCCUGAGACCGUCGGGCCCUGUGGUCUAGACGGAUAUGUCAUUGAAGUUUGCAAGGAUGGAACUGAAGAUUGGAAAGCUGUUAAUGAAGACCUGCAGAAGUCCAGUCGCUAUGUAAUCAAGAACCAGACCACUGGUGACCGCCUGAAGAUCCGGGUGGUAGCUGUGAACGAAGGAGGCCGCAGCCCCCCUGUCACCCUCCCUGAGCCCGUACUGGUGAAGGAGGUUGCUGAUCGUCCUAAGGUCCGCUUGCCUCGGUUCCUCAGGCAGAGAUACGUCGCUCAAGUUGGGGAAAAGAUCAACCUGACCAUCCCUUUCUCUGGCAAACCCAAACCUGUGGUGUCUUGGACAAAGAACGGCGAGCCCCUGGACAAAAAGAGAGUGAACAUCCGCAGCACGGAAAGAGACAGCAUCCUGUUCAUCCGUGCAUCUGAGAGAGACGACUCUGGAGUGUAUGAGAUGUGUGUGAAGGUGGAUGACUUUGAAGACAAGGCCUCGUUGAUCCUUCAGAUUGUUGAGCUGCCAGGACCUCCUGCCAGUGUGAAAAUCGUGGAUACCUGGGGCUUCAAUGUUGCUCUAGAGUGGACUCCACCCAAAGACAAUGGAAACACUGAGAUCACAGGAUAUACAAUCCAGAAGGCUGACAAAAAGACAGGAGACUGGUUCACUGUUCUGGAACAUUACCACAGACUGAAUGCAACCAUAUCUGACCUCAUCAUGGGAAACACUUACAAGUUCAGAGUAUUUUCUGAGAACAAGUGUGGAAUAAGCGAGUCUGCUGCUGUUACAAAGGAAGAGGCUAAGAUCAUGAAGACAGGUAUUGACUACAAGCCGCCUGAGUAUAAGGAGCAUGACUUCAGUGAAGCACCUAAGUUCACCACCUCUCUGACUGACAGGGCCACCACUGUUGGCUACAACACCAAAUUGCUAUGCUCCGUCAGGGGAUUCCCUAAGCCCAAGAUUGAAUGGAUGAAGAACCAGAUGGUUAUCGGAGAUGACCCCAAGUUCAGGCAGAUCUGCGUCCAAGGAAUCUGUUCUCUGGAGAUCCGGAAGCCUGGAAACUUUGACGGUGGUGUGUACUCCUGCAGAGCCAAGAAUGAUCACGGAGAGGCAGUAGUCAGCUGCAAGCUGGACGUGAAACAACCAAUCAAUCCAGAUGCAGAGAAGAAGUAAAUGGACGUCUGCACAAACAGGAUUGGUUGGAUACUGGAAAGACAGCAUCUACAGCUGGUGAUUCUACUACCAAUGGAUUUAAACCUUUGACGUCUUAUGGAGUUUAAACAUCUAUUAAGAUGAACAGUGUUUGUCAUCGUUUUAUGCCUAGAACUACAAGUCCAGAUCCAAAUCCAUGACAUUUCCCCCACAUAUUCUCUCAGUAAUAAUCAUUACAUUAUGACACUUUCAAACGUUGUUUUACUUUAACAACUUGUCAGUUCUACUUAAAUUAAUUUACUGUUCCUCAUAGGAGAACUACAUGUAACAUCUGUGUUUAUGUCAAUAAAUAAUUUAAUUUCUGGUUUUGUUUUUUA